CCAUCGCUCAAAUGUAAUCCCUGAUUUCAGCUAGCCCUGAAAGCACCGUUUCUACAACGUCAUCAGGUAUCCCAGAAGCCUCCUCACCAGGAAGUGGUAUGCCGGAGAGGUCUUUGGUUUUGUUUUGACAAUGAUGGAGGAGGAAGAAUUUGAAUUUGCUGAGGAUUUGGAGGCUAUUUUGCAUUUAACCCCAGAGGUGCAACUAGCCAUCGAACAGGUGUUCCCCAGCCAAGACCCCCUGGACAGAGCAGACUUCAAUGCUGUGGAAUACAUCAACACACUGUUUCCCACCGAGCAGUCUUUGGCUAAUAUUGAUGAUGUGGUUAACAAGAUUCGUCUGAAGAUCCGGCGUCUGGAUGACAACAUCAGGACAGUGGUGAGAGGCCAGACCAAUGUGGGCCAGGAUGGCAGACAGGCUUUGGAAGAGGCCCAGAUAGCCAUCCAGCAGCUCUUUGGCAAAAUCAAAGACAUCAAGGACAAGGCAGAGAAGUCUGAACAAAUGGUGAAGGAGAUUACGAGGGACAUAAAGCAGCUGGACCAUGGGAAGCGCCACCUAACUACAUCCAUCACCACCCUCAACCACCUCCAUAUGUUGGCAGGGGGUGUUGACUCUUUAGAAGCCAUGACCAGAAAGAGGCAGUAUGGUGAGGUGGCCAACCUGCUUCAGGGAGUGGUCAAUGUGCUUGAACAUUUCCACAAGUACAUGGGCAUACCCCAGAUCAGACAGCUUUCUGAGAGAGUCAAGGCAGCGCAGAGUGAGUUGGGGACUCAGAUCCUGGCAGAUUUUGAAGAAUCCUUCCCCGCUCAAGGCUCCAAGAGACCAGGUGGUCCCAGUAACGUGCUUAGAGAUGCCUGCCUGGUGGCCAAUGUGCUGGAUCCGCGCAUCAAACAGGAGAUCAUAAAAAAGUUCAUCAGGCAGCACCUCUCAGAGUACCUGGUAUUAUUCCAGGAAAACCAAGAUGUGGCAUGGCUAGACAAGAUCGAUCGCCGCUAUGCCUGGAUCAAACGGCAGCUGGUCGACUAUGAGGAGAAGUAUUUACGCAUGUUUCCUGAGGAGUGGUGCAUGACAGAGCGUAUUGCUGUGGAGUUCUGCCACAUCACCAGGGUCGAGCUAGCCAAAGUGAUGCGAACACGGGCUAAGGAGAUUGAGGUGAAGCUGCUUCUGUUUGCUAUUCAGAGGACCACAAACUUCGAGGGUCUUCUGGCCAAACGCUUCACAGGAUGCACCUUGACUGACACACCCGGACAGAAGAGGCCAGAGAGCCCUCUCGAGACCACUAACCCCUUCCUGGAGGACGAGGCUGGUGAGGAUGUGGGCACAGAUAAGGACCAGGAUCUGGCUAAGCCCAGGAAGCCAAAAGCUCCAGACAACCCUUUCCAUGGCAUUGUCUCCAAGUGCUUUGAACCUCAUCUAUACGUCUACAUAGAAUCCCAAGACAAGAACCUGGGUGAACUGAUUGACCGGUUUGUGGCUGACUUCCGAGCACAAGGCCCACCCAAGGCAGGCACGGAGGAGGGCGGAGCAGUGCUGCCCAGCUGUGCUGACCUCUUUGUCUAUUACAAGAAGUGCAUGGUGCAGUGCUCCCAACUGAGCACCGGGGAACCAAUGAUCGCCCUCACUACCAUCUUCCAGAAAUUCCUGAGAGAGUACGCUUGGAAGAUCCUCUCUGGCAACCUACCUAAAUCCAGCAGUAACAGUGGGGGUCUUACCAUCAGCAGUCUGCUGAAGGAGAAAGAAUGCUCAGAAGCUGCUAAAUUCACCAUGGAUGAGCUCUGCCUGAUCUGUAGCAUCCUCAGUACUGCAGAGUACUGCCUGGCUACCACACAACAGUUGGAAGAGAAACUAAAGGAAAAGGUGGAUAAACUCCUCAUGGAGAGAAUAAAUUUGACUGGGGAGAUGGAUACAUUCAGCACCGUGAUCUCGAACAGUAUCCAGCUACUCGUUCAAGACCUUGAUGCUGCCUGUGACCCUGCUCUCACCGCCAUGAGCAAGAUGCCGUGGCAGAGUGUGGAGCACGUGGGCGACCAGAGUCCUUAUGUGACAUCAAUCAUCAUGCACAUUAAGCAAAAUGUGCCGAUCAUCAGAGACAAUCUGGCCUCCACGCGCAAAUACUUUACACAAUUCUGCAUCAAGUUCACAAAUUCUUUCAUUCCCAAAUUUAUCAACCACCUGUUCAGAUGUAAGCCUAUCAGCAUGGUGGGAGCUGAACAACUCCUCCUUGACACUCACUCCCUGAAGACAGUCUUGCUGGAUCUGCCCUCAAUAGGCUCCCAGGUUCUCCGUAAGGCACCUGCAAGCUACACCAAGAUAGUGGUAAAAGGCAUGACCCGUGCAGAGAUGAUCCUUAAGGUGGUGAUGGCCCCACAUGAACCACCAGUGGUCUUUGUUGAUAACUACAUCAAACUCCUGGCUGAUGGAAAUCCUGAGACCUUCCAGAAGAUUCUGGACAUGAAGGGUCUGAAGCGCAGUGAACAGAGCAGCAUGUUGGAGCUCUUCAGGCAGAGGCUACCCACGCCACCGUCCGGGGCCGACGGCGGCUCCUCUCUCUUCAGUACACCUACCCCUGAGCAGGAGUCCUCCCGCAUCCGCAAACUAGAGAAACUCAUCAAGAAGAGACUGUGAACAGACACACACUGAAAUCGUAUCUUGAAAAUGAAAAAGGCUGAAGGCCGGGAUGGUCGUCACGUCUCUUGCAGUAAUUCAUCUCAAAGACUUCAUUAUGCUCCAUUCAGUUAUUGUGGAGAAAGAGCAAAAAGUUGACUGAAUUUUCUGACUGACAGUAAAAUGAACCCAAGCUGACGCUGGAUUAUCAAGAAACUUCCUCAAACUCUCCUUGCUGUUGUUACAUAUGUCAUUUAGUUCUGCAAUUUCCCACCUUUCUUUCAGUGUAUGCACUCAGAAAAACAACUGUAGUGCUUUUCACUAAAUCUGCUCUAAAUCUAAGAGCCUUUGGCUGCCUCUCUGGGUGUGUAAUCCACAAUGAUUACAGGCAGCCUGAUUUUAAUUGAAACGGUUUUCUGAACAUAACACGUUUUUAAAGAUCGACAUUGGGUUUUUCUCAACUAUUUGAAUUUCAAUUGGGGGAUACCGGGUUGAAAUUUGUGUGCCUCUCUGCUGUCCGCAGUGUCGGGACUGUUUGUGUGAACGGUGGCCUAAAAUGAAUCGCUGACUCUGGGUUUAGAGUCCCCAAGUCUGGGACAAAGAGAAUCUUUGGAUUUACUGCAUCUUCAGUCAGACAUGAGGCUUUGUCUUUGCAUUUAAAAUCCCUCUAGGUUGACUUGGAAAUUAGAACCAGCAAGCUAAAGUCUUUUGACUUGGGCCGUUGCCUGGGGUGUUUACGAUAUGUGUACAUACAUGUGUGUGCAGUCAGUCUUAUUUAACAGUCCAACAUAUUCUUUGAUAAUUUAAGCCUCUGUCUCCUUUGCAUUGACAUGAUAACAAGGUUUUGUUAUAGUGUAUUUAUCAAUCCCGCCUUAUCCAUAGGGCAAAUUGCACUCAGAUAACAGAAUGGGUUUGUCUCAAUACUUUGCUAAGUGAUCUCUGUGUCUCUGAAGCUACUCCCUCAUGUACCCUCAACAAUGUCAAAUGCAGUACAUCACUACAUUCUGGGAGAAAAGGAAAAUUGGCUAUUUGAAGUCAAUGCCCUGAUCACUGGUUUUAAUGCCAAUGCCUCUCAGUUGUAGUAAAACAAUUAAAUGUGACUGUAUUAGUGUACACAUUUCUGCCUUCAGGUACAAAAUGUUGCUUGUUUGUAUUGUCUGAAUUGUAUGCUACACAAGCAGUUGUUGAACACUAUUAAAACAUUGCUAUCAUUUC